AGACGUGUAUAACCCAGGAUUACUGUCUCUAUAUACCCUUAACUUCUAUAUUGUUUUCUAAAAGACGAAGGAUGAAAUCAAUCGUGUUUCUCUGUUUCGCGCUCUUCGGUGCUGUUCUAUCAGAUAAGAAAUGUGAAGAUGAAGCAAAAGAAAAAUGUCUUGAUGCCAUGGGAACCUACCCAAAAGUAGAUACAAUCAAGAAAAUGUGCAGUCGUCUCUCCAUGAUACGUUCCUGUAUGGAUCACAUCGAAUCAGAAUGUUACGAAUACUUUGAUGCAGACUAUGAGAGAAAAUGCUUAAAGGUAGAUUUACCAGAACACAGCUGUGUCGCUGAUGCCGAAAAGAACUGCGGUGACGCUAUGGGUACUUACCCAACAAUACCUUCAACCUUGAAAUUUUGCCAUCGUCUCCACAUGUUUCGUAGCUGCAUGCAACCGAAAAAUACAGUAUGCCACGAUUUCUUCCGUGAUCUAAUUGAGAAACAAUGCAGUAUUGGAGUCUUGUAUAGACCAUAAUUUGUUUCUUCAAAAAUAAUCUUAUUAGAAUCAAUCCAAUAUAUUCAAUCUGGAAGAUAUCAUCAGCCAUUACAGAAAUAAAACAAUUUCUCUUUU